AACCAAAACACUAGAUUUUUAGUUUUCAUUUGAAUAAUUCGCAAGGUUUUGAAUGUCACUUCUUUCCCGUAAACCUGAUGGAAUCGUUGCCUAGCGGAUCCAGGCUCUCUACUAUGUCCUCUGUAGUGGCACCACUCGCCCCCACCCCUCUGACCCCUUCCAAGUUUCGGGUGGUGGCGAGGACCAGUAUUCCGGCAAGGGGUGUGGCUGGUCCAUACCCCGGGGAAUUCCGGUUUGGUAGAGAUGCUAAUGAUGAACUCCAUAGCUCCGUUGAUAUAAAGGUGAAGUUUCAAGAUGACACGAUUGUACCCGAGCUGCAUACGACAAGCACUGAUUGGUUGAGGGGGGUGCGUCCCGCACGAGACCGCCACGAGCAGAAUGCCGAGUUUUUUCGGUUGGGUGACGGGGGUAUUUAUUUAAGGACCCUGCGGAAACUGAGGGUUGGAGAAGAGGUGUUGGGCUGGUAUAGCGACGAUCUUGCGAUAAAGUGCGGCAUCCCUUUCCUGUCCCUGGUUAACAUACGAGGACAGGAAUGUUACGCCUGUGACUCUUGUGGGAAGACGUUCAAAUACCCGAAUCCACUGAAGGCCCACAUCCAAUACGUAUGUACGCAAGAAAUGAUGACGCAACAACAGCAAAAACUAUUUCGGCCAUUUCUUGAUUCUGCAGAUACCGGAAGUAGUCAGAGAUCUCCUGUAGAAAGUAGGAAAACCGGUAUGGAUUUGCGGACUCUCGGAAGCGCAUUUCAAUCUCCGAAACACAGAACCCCGAAGUACAAAAACUCAGAGACAAACCCCAUAGACUUCCACCGUUAUCCACCCAUGCCGUAUUUCCCGAUGUCCUUUGCGCCUAUUAUGGCUUUCCAACCUCAUGAUCUCGUUUACAGCAAACUUCUAGCGCCGUAUUUUCUGCCAACUAGUCGAGCGGCAACAUUAGAAAGUUCUCUACAAGAAUGGCAGAACGAGCUUAAGGAUAGACAAACUCUCAGUUCUUACAGUGGUGACCCCACAAGAUUCAAACUUCCGCUACCCGGUGACGUAGAGGGGGAACCGCUGGACCUUUUACCCAAAUCCUUCUUUGCUGAUAAAUCUCAGAAGGGACAUCUAUGUUUGUAUUGUGGAAAACUAUAUUCCCGGAAGUACGGAUUGAAAAUUCAUUUGCGCACGCAUACUGGGUACAAACCUUUAAAAUGCAAGGUUUGCAUGCGUCCGUUCGGAGAUCCAAGUAAUCUUAACAAGCACGUACGCCUGCACGCGGAGGGACAGACCCCAUACAAGUGUGAUCAUUGUGGUAAGAUUCUGGUCCGGCGCCGGGAUCUGGAGAGACACAUAAAAUCCCGGCACCCAAACAUUCAGGUGAAGUCGGAGGUCGAAGAAGAAAUCGUGGUCAUUUGAAACAUCGUCUAAUGUACUUGAUAUACAUUUCCAGCACUUCAUUGUGUAAAUUUACAUGACUUAAAAUUUUAGUUUAUGUGUUAGAUUAUAUUCUACAUUUGUUUACUUGUUAUAAUUUAAUAAUUUAAUUUGAACUUGUAAUAGAUCGGCGUUUGCAAUAAA